AUGCGAAAAAGUGAUCCAAAUCUCAACAAUAGUACCACACAGAAAGGAGUUAUUACUCAUACUUUGGGUAAUUUAAUAACAGUUUGGCCUCUAAAUUUGAAUCAAGAAAAAGAAAUUGUAUUUAAUGACUUUCCGACAAUAUCUUCACAAACCCUUCACGUGGGUGAUUGGAUUCAAAUGGAAGUUGAUUCUGGUGAUAUUAUUGUUUAUCGUGAAAAAAUUUCACCUAUCCUGCCAACAUAUGUUUCAGCACGUGGUGAUGUGCGGGUAAAGACACAGUUGUAUUUUCCAAAUGGAUUGGUUACUCGAGGUAAAAAUUUGAUUGCUUAUUCAGAUGAUUUUGGACCAAUAGGUAUUUUUUUUCCUUGUCCAGAGAUCGAUGCGAAAUUUUCAUAUGAUGUCUGGGUGACAAGGUAA